AUGGCAGAGGAACGAAAGACGGAAGUAACAUCCAAGAGUUUCUCAAUAAGCAGCAUUCUCGCUAAAGACAUUGAAAAACAAUCUAAGGAGAAAGUGGUAGACGAGGAUUCUCCUGCUGUAGUAUCAAAACUAGACUUACCUGUGGUGUCCGAUCAUCCUUCCCCCCGGGGGUUCCCUCCAGUGUCAGAGGCUGGGAGUGGGGGCACGUUCGGGCUUCACCCCUUACCGUCAUGGUACCACUGGUAUACGGCAGGCCAGCAGUUUCUCCACCAACUUCACCAGGAGAAUAUUUCUCAAGCCUCCAGAAUAGCCUCGAAGGUUGCCCAGCCCACGGAUUUGUCACCAAUAUUCAGAAACAGCUCCUGUACUUCUGUCAAGUCGUCAAUCAGCAAAGAGGCCUCAGAAGUACUUCUCUCACCUCCAGAGUCUCCUUGCCCGGAUACAGAAACAAACGACUCUAGGUCCGAUGACGAGCAGAAGGUUUCAGACAGCCAACAGUCAUGUGACUUGACAGACGAUGAUAAGAAGAACAGAAGGAAAAAGAAAACAAGAACAGUGUUUUCCAGAAGCCAGGUAUUUCAACUAGAAUCCACAUUUGACAUGAAAAGGUAUCUAUCAAGCUCAGAAAGAGCCGGACUCGCAGCUUCUCUUCAACUUACUGAAACACAGGUAAAAAUCUGGUUUCAAAAUAGACGUAAUAAAUGGAAACGCCAGCUAGCGGCCGAAUUAGAGGUGGCUAAUAUGUCGCACGUGGCAGCUGGACAUAGACUUGUCCGCGUCCCUAUUCUUUACCAUGACACCCCGGCCUCUUCUCAUGCCAGUUCUUCACAGGAAGCAUCAUCGGGGUGCCUCAACUCAUCAUUGGCACACGCCAGUUAUCGAGACUCGAUGUUCCUAUCAGCAGGAUACACCCAGAUGUCACCAGCCCUCAGGUCCUCAAUGACUGGUAUGGUGUAG